UUCCCGAACGCUUUAUCAAGGGCUCAACCGCAGCGGACGCCAUUUCAGCGCGCUAAUUUUUUUUGUUUCUCCCCGUUUCUUUCUUGCUUCUGAAUUUCCGGGCCACAAGAAGUCCCGCACUAGAGAGGCAGAAGCAACGAGUUCUAUUUGUUGCCGGCCGAUCGGCUUUCUCUCUCCCCUUCCUCAGCCGUCGCGUUGUUUUAGCGGUGACGGCUGUUACUAGGCCCUGGCGCGGCCGUGACGCUGCGAGACUCCAUUGCAGCGCGGGAUGGGGCCUGUGAUUGACCACCAUCUCCCCGGCAGGGGAGAAGAGCAGGACGCGAAAUAGACCCUAAGUAGCGAAGGCGCGCCGGCCGGUGGGACUGGCGCUGAAGAAAAGCCUCAGUAUAGGCUCCAGGGGACUCGCGUCUUUUGGGGGAAACGGGUGGAGGUCGUGGCUGCGAAAGAAAACUCCGCUGAGGAAUGGGGCGAGUUGGGCUUCUCCCCAACUGGUCGGCACGAAAUCCCUAGAGGGGCGCUGCCUUUUGCCCGUGACCGGCAUCGACUGCCCUCGAUCCAGCGCCUUUGGGGCAUCACCGACAGCUCAAUAUAAUGUUUGUUGGUGGACCAAACCAACGGAAAGAUUACCAUAUUGAAGAAGGAGAAGAGUUGUUUUACCAGCUGCAGGGAGACAUGUGCUUGAAGAUAAUAGAAAAUGGAAAACACAAGGAUAUCCUCAUUAAAGAAGGAGAGAUGUUUCUUUUACCAGCCAGGAUUCCUCAUUCUCCACAAAGGUAUGCAAACUCUGUGGGACUGGUAAUUGAAAGGAGAAGAUUAGAAACAGAAACUGAUGGACUGAGAUAUUAUGUUGGAGAAUCAACAGAUGUCCUUUUUGAAAGAUGGUUUUACUGUGAAGAUCUUGGUAUACAACUUAUUCCAAUAAUUCAAGAAUUUUUCAGUUCAAUGCAGUAUCAAACUGGAAAACCCAAUCCAGAUGAAAUCGUAAGAGCAAUCCCUUUCCCACUCAAUGAUGUCAUGGUCAUGGAUCCUUUUUCUUUGCAAGAUUGGCUGAAUGAUUACAAAGAAAAUAUAGCUCUGAAACAAUCCUUGAGUCUUUUUGGAGACAACUUUGAAACAGAGGUUAUAAUAUUCGGACCAGGAAUAACUGAAGAGGAAGGAAAGAAUGCAGAUAUAUGGAUAUGGCAGAUGGAAGGUGCAUCUUUUGUUACUAUUGAUAGAGAAAUCCUGAUUUUAAGGGCCGGAGACAGCCUUCUUGUCCCAGUGCAAACUAAGUUUCACUGGAAGAGAGAUGAAGGAUCCAUUGCUCUUUCUGUUGUUCAGAAUCCAGAGAGGAAAAGACCCUGUAUCUGAGUUUGGUAUUCAUAUCCUGCUCUCAAGAAUUAUUAAUACAAUUCUCUUUAUAUACCAAAA